ACAUCAACGAUUGUCACAGGCUCUGUGGAUAGGACUAGUGGACGCAUGCGGCGGCAUUUAUGUAUUUUAAUCAUUUUGUCUCAUCAGCUCCUUUGAUGGAUGAUAGCAUUAAUUAAUUUCUUUGCUUUUAUGCUUUUGUGAGUAUAGCAGGCAGGCCGGCCGGCGGCGAAGCCAAGUCCACGAACCCGAGCUUAUAUUUGCCCGCAAAACCAGCUGGGAGGUAGCUCUGCCAUUUAUGUAGGAACUGAAGAGGUUAGAACAUACAUAAAUUGGAGCUGCUGCUGCUUAUUUCACUAUCAUUAUCCAGCAACUAUAUGGACGGACGGAUGAAAUAGUAUCGGCAGAGAGCCAAGGUCGCCGCAUUGACUGACAAUAUAUUAUUUGGCUGAAAAUAUAUACGUACGUAGCCAUAGGAAAGAAUGGAGAGGUUGUGUGACAUGUGCGGAAAUCUGGGAUUAAAGGACGGAGAUGAUGGAUUCUUUUAUUGCACCCUUUGUGGCUGUCGUGCAGACGAUGUCAUGGAUACUGCUGUUGAAGAAGCUGUAGACACCAACAGACUUGAGGGUGGGAGCAGGAUCUAUUCUGCAUCUCAAACACGGGCUCGUCCUAGACACUACUCUCAAUAUCAGCUGCACAAGAAUGACCCUGUUAAUGUAAAUACUGACACGGCUUCUUUCAUUUCUCCAGAAUCCUUUUUUUCAAAUCUCAGGGUGAAGUAUAUUAUGGGCGUUCAAAUCAUGAUCCAGUUGCAGUGUAAGGCCUUGGUGGAGAAAUUUAACGUCAGCCCUUUAAUCAUUGGGCUCAUUUCACCUAUUUGGCUGAGAUAUGUUGCUCAUGAAAGGGUAAUGGCUGAUGAUUGGGGAGACCAGGUUAUUAAACAAUCAGAAUCCCAAACUGGGGAACUCGGCGAAUUCCAGAUUCCCGUUAGGGGGCGCUGCAAAGGAGAACCUCACAACCUUCUUGGUAAACGACUAAUGCCAUUGUGGUGUGAAUCUCUGAGAAGUAAGAUCCCAUUGUCUACUUCUCUGGCUAUAUCAUAUCUUGUUUGCCAUUUAGCCCGGGAGGCAAUCCUGCCAACGGACAUUGUGAAUUGGGUGCUUGAAGGAAAACUUCCAUAUCUUGCCGCUUUUGUUGAAAUUGAGAAGCAACUUGGACCUCCGUCAAUGGAAUGUCCGCUUAGUUCUAGUAGUAUGUUCCGACCAAUUAAGGACAUCUCCUCACAAAAGUUAGAGUCGUUUGCUGCUUCAAUUGCUCGGAGAAUAGGUUUACAACUACCUCCUGUGAAUUUCUAUGCUCUAGCUUCCCGUUAUCUUUCAGAGUUAUCUCUCCCAGUUGAAAAUAUUCUUCCUCAUGCAUGCCGUGUACAUGGGUGGUCUAUGCCUCCACAACUUUACUUAUCUGAUAAUGAAUGCAGCCUUCCAUCACGGGUUUAUGUUAUGUCUAUCAUUAUUGUAGCAAUGAGGAUUAUGUAUGACAUAAAUGGGGGGAAAUGGGAAAUGAUGUUAUCUGAACCCAAUGAUCACUCUAUGGAUAAAAAGAGUAAUUUAGCUGAGGAGGAAGUCAAUUUUGAUGGUUCCAAGCUGCUUCAGAUUCUUGUAACGAAGUAUUCAGAGCACAAACAUAUUCAUGAUUAUGCACUAGAUCUGCCCACAUAUCUUCAACACUGUAAAGAUGUGGUUUUUGCUGGAUUAAAUUCAUCAUUGGAGGACCAUGAAGAAGAAAGUCUGAUAGAUGAACUAUGGGACCUCUAUGAAAAAAGUAAGGAUGCUGAACCAUCAGAUGACCAUAGAAAGAGAGAUGAAAUGAGAGAGAGUGGAGGCGAUUUCAACACAACAGGUGAUUGUCCAAAGUGUCCAUCGGAUGAUUCUGAAUCACCAGUACAUGAAAGUUCUAAGAAGUCAUAUAAGGAUCAGGCGGUACGGCAAAUGAAAUCAAAUAUGGAGGAAAAUCGAUUUUCUUAUCUUCCACCCAUUAAAUCCACCUCGAAGAACCAUGGUUACAUUCGAUAUGCUAGAAAGAAAGAUGGUGCCUUGAUAUAUGCUGUCCAUGCUGAUUAUUAUAUUAUACUUCGCUCAUGUGCACAAAUUGCACAGAUUGAUAUGAGGACCUUGCAUAUGGGUGUUUUGACCUUUCAGAGAUGGCUGGAACAGAUAGAAAAGAAAAUUGAUAUUUGUUUGCGUUGGAACCACCGUGGGGACUCUUGUGAUUUUUGCCGCGAUGGAGUUUCAAGAUCAAACGCUCCAGUCACUGAGUUCUAGCCUAAGAAGUUUGGAGCUGCUAUUGUUUCCCUGGAUUCCUGGAACAUUGAUACUCCGUAUUAUGGAAAGGGUUAUCCAUUUGGAUCUUUGACAACAGAGAACCUGAAAUAUCUUUCAUCAAAGCAGGCACUUUUUGACCUUGCUGGUUUCUGUCAUAUUAUCAGGCCACUGCCUAGGUGCCUUGCCCCCAAAGCCGGUACUGCCUAGGCCACUGCCUAGGUGCCUUGCCCCCAAAGCCGGUACUGCUGCCAAAAAAGCUGGAGUUACAUGAUGGCUUAUCAUUCAGGGCUCAGGCUGAAGAGAUGACCAGAGAUUACCAGAGAACUUGAUGACCUUCUACAGAUGCAGUUGACUUGCAUAGUUUUUUAUUUUGACUUUCUUAAUGUGUAAAUCUCACUUUAUGUGUUAACUUGUUGGCUGGAUGUAUGUAUAAGCAUGCUUUAACAUCUUUAAUAUUGGGUAGUUUUUGUUAUAAGCAAAUAUAAUUUUUUAAGUUGUUGCAUUUCGUGCAAUUUAAAUCUCAGUGGAAGUUGUCCUUUGCAAUUUUUGAGGCCUGUAUAAUCUAACCGACG